AUGCUUCCCCCGGCACGUGAUACGAGGGAGAUUUCCCCCCCUUCCUCAAACAGGAAACGGCCUCCGACUCGUGACUUUCUCUUCCGACCGCUCCGCCCCGCCCCCUCAACGUCUGGGCAUAUAUUACGUAGAUUUCUCGUCCUGUAUGCUGAUUGGUCGCGACGCGAACACACCCACACCCACCCACCCACCCACCCUUUUGGCUUCCGCGCUCUUUCGUCCCCGCGUCAUGUGGCUGAGUUGAGUCUGGGAGAGCGGGUUCUUGUGAUGGACGCCACUCUGCCUGCUGUGGCAGAAGAAUUGUUGAAGGAGAUAGAAAAGGCUUUUCGUGAGACAUCACACGUGCCUGACAGCCACCUCCUGGCGCUUAAAUUCGUCUAUGGCACUUCUGCUGUCCCAGCGUUGGACUUGGUGGACCGCCAGUCUGUCACUCGAAUUGCAUCGCCCAGUGGACGAACUGUCUAUCAGGUGCAUGGCAGCUCCAACAAGCUCUACGUUUGCUAUGCCUCCUGCCACUUCUGCACGUGCCCGGCCUUCGCCUUCUCGGUCCUGCGGAAAGGCAGCAGCCUCAUGUGUAAGCACCUCCUUGCCAUCUAUCUCAGCCGGGCCAUGGGCCUGUGCCAGGAGCUGACGGUCUCGGACAAGCAGCUGACAGGCCUCCUGCUGCCAGCGGAGGAGGAGGAGGGAGGCUGACGGCUUUUCCUCUGUGAGAGAGAGGGCACGCUGGGUAUUUCUCGGCUCUUCGUGGGACAGCUCCGAGAGGGGUCCUCCCUGGCAAGUGAAGCAAAUGACAUGAAACAAGAAUUAAACUCAAGAACAACGAAACCUGUGCAAAGCAACCAUCUUUCUCUUGUUGCAGCAAAAUUGAACUGUCUGCCAAACUCCAAGGCCCAGUGACAAAAGGGAGGUCUUCUCCAUCUUCCAAAAGGUGGUGAGGGUGGAAGUAAGUGGGGUCCUGCUCCUCACCCACAGGAAGGAGGCCCCAUCUCUGCUUCAUUGAAGAGGGCAGAACCUCCCUCGAGUGGGCAUUUGUGAUGGGUGGUCCUUCGCCUGCCCUGUACCCAGCCAGGUAUAGGGCAGGGUGGUGCCCUAUGCCCGCCAGGGCCUUCUCAAUCAUGGCCCUCUGGGUUUGGGAUGCUCUCCUUGCUGGCAUCUGCUCCUCGGCCUCCAUCAUCGCAGUCCUUAGAAGCAAAGUAAAGAUGGGGCUCUUCACCCAAGCUUUGAAAUGAGCGGACCGUUUUAAUGCAGCUGCCUUGUACUUGUUGAUAAUGUUUUUUAAAGAUUUGAAUCGAGCUAUUAUUUUUGUAUUUGUUUAAUAUCUGUACUUUUUGUAUUUUAAUUAAAUAUUGUUUUAAUUCCAA